UGGUGAUGGAGGAAGUUAGUAUAUUUAAAAAUUCAUAAAAUAAGGACCAAACGCAUUUCAGUCUGUAUUCAGACCCUCUUCAGUGGUAUAUAGACGAAAUAACAAACAAAAACUUUAAUAUGGACGGAUAUCGAAUUAUCAUGUUACAAAUUGUUUAAAUUUACUUGUCGGCUAUCCCAAAUUAGAGGUUAGAGGCGAUCCCAAAUUACUUAUCGUUGCUAAGAGUAUUAUACUUUUGCAAAAAAACGCCAUUUUGUACAAAUGUUAAGAUAAGAAGAUAAACGAUGUUUAAUAAACUGUAUUGUGACGCACAUGUCAUCCUGAAUCGACUAUAAAUACGCGGCAGCAAUUUGGAUACCAUACAGUGCGCAAUAAAAAGACCCUCGUAGCACAUUUCAUACUUUCUUCGAUAUACUUGGAAAAAUACUUGGAAAAUCAGAAAUAAUGCAGAUUUCGGUGAUUAUUAUAUUUGUGCUUGCCACUGCGAUAAUGACUUACGGUUACAAUGUUGACAUACUGAAAAAAUUCUACGAUAAUUUCGCAAUGUGCAACAAAAAGUUGUGCACGUCGCCGACUGAGUUCAGUGUCGAAGCAGUCCAUUGCGCGUUGCUUAACGAUGGCGAGAUGAUUAACGUGAACGGCGAGUUCACAACUAAUAUAGUUCUACGGAGACUUGGCGAUUACAUUUCCGAAGCAAGCAGAUUAGAACGGGCGCGUGCGAUACAUAUCACGUGCCGUAAAAGAGUGAUUAAAACUGGAGCGACCGGUUACGAGCAAACACAAAAAACAAUCGCGUGCAGUAUGCCAAUUAAGGACUUGAUUGACAAAAUGAAUUAAAAACGCCAACCAGAUACUUUUUCAAGAAAACGCUAACUGCACGCUCCCGAGUCGUCCCUAUAAUCUUACGUAUAUAUUCCUUCUAUGUCAAAUUGUAUGUGCCUUAAUGAUUGAAUAAAGUACGUUUGACGAAACGAAA